CUAAACUCUUUAAGACUACCAACUUAGGGUUGAAGAUAGUAAGUGUGUGGGGGGUAAAGAUAGUAACAGUUAAACCAUUAAAGAUGAGUCCCAUCAAACCUAACAAUAAGUACGUAUCCACGCGGCCCAAAUUAUAUAUCUCGCAAAAAACUGUCAAACGAUGUCGUUAGACGGAAUCUUCCCCGUUUCUGAGAGCUGAGCCACGGUAGAGGAAGUUUCAAAAAUGGUCAAAAUUGCGAAAGCGUGGCACAUGAAGUUUCCGUUACACAGUCCUCUGCUAAUGACAUUCCACACCAUUCCAUCAUCAUCUUUCUCCACGUCCUCCACUAAGCGCGUGGGCACGCACAGCGGAACCUUCCACUGCGACGAAGCCCUCGCUUGCUUCAUGCUCCGCCUUUCCAAACUCUUCUCCGGUGCCGAUAUAGUUAGAACCAGAGACCCGAAGCUUCUCGAAUCGUUGGACGCCGUAGUUGACGUCGGAAGCGCUUACGACCCGAUACGACACCGUUACGACCAUCAUCAAAAGGACUUUUACCAGGUUUUCGGUCCAGGCUUCGCAACUAAGCUCAGUAGCGCCGGACUUGUCUAUAAGCAUUUUGGAUUGGAGAUAAUUGGAAAUGUGCUUUGUCUUGAUGAAGAUCAUCCUCAUGUACACCAGUUAUAUCCAGCUAUAUACAGAAACUUUAUAGAGUCAGUUGAUGCUCUGGAUAAUGGAGUGAAUCAAUAUGAUUUGGACGAAUCUCCGAAAUAUGUAAUCAACACAGGCUUGGGAUCGAGAAUAAAACGGUUGAAUUUGGACUGGACGGAUUCUAAUCAGUCAUCUGAUGCAGAAAAUGAGGCUUUUCAUAGGGCAAUGGCUCUGGCUGGUGGUGAAUUUUUGGAGAAUGUGAAUUAUUAUGCAAAAUCAUGGUUGCCGGCGCGGUCUAUUGUUAUGGAGUGUCUUGCUGCAAGAGAAACUAUUGAUUCCAGUGGGGAGAUUAUGAAACUAAAUCGGUCUUGUCCUUGGAAAUUUCACAUACAUGAGCUCGAGGAGGAAAUGAAAAUAAAUCCUUCCAUCAAAUAUGUUAUUUACCAGGAUGAUAGGAGUGAGAAAUGGAGACUACAGGCAGUAGCAAUUUCACCAGCUAGAUUUGAGAGCAGAAAACCACUACCAUAUCUUUGGAGGGGUUUGGAAAAUGACAGGCUAUCUGAGGUUGCUGGAAUUCCAGGUUGUACUUUUGUGCACAUGAGUGGUUUUAUUGGAGGAAAUCUAAGUUAUGACGGUGCUCUGGCAAUGGCAAAAGCAUCUUUAAGGGCUUAGGAAAUUGCAGGUUAAGCAAAUACCUUUCUCCUCUGCAUGGUUUUUCUUCUUUUGAAUUGGAUUAUGUACGUAAGGAUUAGAUGGCAAUGGAACCAUAAAUGCUUGAUUGCUAAGAUUGUGUUUUAGUUCAAUUGGUAUGCUUUAGUAGUUCCAAAGCAUGUUUCACGUACAUCAGUGGAUUGCAAACUGCUGAUAAGUGAUAAUAUGAUGCUGAUAAAUAGACCCUCUCACGCCAAAGCUAUGGAGGCAAUCUUUAGAAAAUGUAACAGGGCAUUUUUUUCUCAUGCUAAAUUUUUACACCAGUUCAAUGAUUACAUUUCAAUUCAUCCGUUCUGUUCUUUGUAUGCAUUUAUCAGCAUCCUCAUUAUGGUCAAAACUAGGUCCAGGAUUCUCUGCAUGCACAAUGUUAGCAAUGAAUUCACUCCUCUGAAACAGUUGGUAGAUCCUCUUUAAACCACCUGUAAAGCCCACCUUCUAGAUGGAAGACAUUGGCGUAACCAUUUAGGACCAACAAGUAAGCUGCUAUUAGAGACCUGUGAAAUUGCAAAAAAACGGAUCUUUAGUGCAUCAGAUCAAUCAUUUGAAUAUAUGUAUGCUACAUGCAGCUUUCGGCUAUAUCACUUUCUUUGAUCUUACAUCCAUGCAAUCCAAGUUAUUACUGACACCUUCCAUUGUGUAAUUUAGCUGUUGAAUAACUAAUUUGUCUUGUUAUUACUUUAAAUAACUAAUAACUUGGUAGGAUGGCUUACAAUAUAUGAAUGUCAUUUGCCACGUUUUCUUAAUAUUUAAAUGUCUCUGAAUCUGAUGUUGGAUGGAAAGUGCAAACUCAUUCAUGAGUAAAAUUGUAUGCAUGCAAAGUGAAAACAGACCGAUUUCAUAAACUGUUGCCAACCUGUUUUGGACUGUGUAUUACAGCAUAUAUGAGCUAAAUUGAAAAGCAGAACACAGGAAAGGGGGAGAGAUAAUUUAAUACCUAGAUUGUUGACCUUCUGGCAGAUUUUGUGUUGGUUUCAUUGUUCCCCCUGCUGAGCAAGCUACUAUUAUCUUUGCAUUUUUAUCUAAUUUUUCCUCAACAGCUGCCAGCAUGUAUCAAAAAUUUAGUUUUCGAAAACAAGAAAUGCUUGAAUUCAAGAAAUGCACGGUGAGUCAAAUUCAUCUUACACUUGAUAAACUCAGGGUUCUCUUCUGUUCCAGAGAAAAUACCAAAAAAUGCAAAUGCAGCACGUCUGGCAAUGUCCCAGGCUGUCCACUCUUUUAUAAGCCUGUAUAUUUGCACAUUAAUUGCAUCUGCGGGAUGAGCCUGCAGUGAUCAUAGCCAAUUCCAUCAGUUUUUUCUUCUUCUUAGCAUCCCAUAUAUCAGUCACUAUCCACUGAUCAAAAGUAGAAAGAACAAGAGGUGCACAGAAAAAAUGCAACAUGAUUGAACAGGCACAUUGAAGUUGAAAAAAAAGCUUCUAAAACAUGUUUGCUAACCUCCUUGAACUCUGCUUCUGGCCUUACAUCAAGAAUCACAAAUUUAUUUUCUUUCUGAAGGCGCAGAGCUUCCUUUGGUUCCACACUUUUUACCUGCAAUUUUAAAUCAAAUAUAAACAUGCAUGUGAUAUAAACAUAAUCAUAUUUUCUUAGAUUUUACCCACAGACUUGAUGUGUAUGUUAAUCUUAGUUGUAUUGUCAAACUUGUUUGACUACAUAGUUCAUUUCCCCUCUGUAUCUUUGUCCUUGUUUCCAUUACUCUAUAAUCUCUGGCACUUUGUCUCUUUCUCGUUAGCUUGCAGCUCCUUGCUUUUUAUUAGUGAUCUAUGCAAUUAUUCUUAGUUUGAAAUGUAAUUUCAAGCUAUUGUAAUUUCAAGCUAUUGUAUUAUCUUGAAAUUUCAGUGUGCUCAUAAAUAUAAAUGCUAAAGAUGCAAGUGUGCUUAUUUGUGCAUUCAGGAAUGUAAGUGUGACAGAGAAGUGGAGCUUUACCCUUUUCUGCAGCAGUAAUUCUCGCUUAACCUUCCACUCUUCUUCAGCUAUUACCUCCAAAAAAGGAAGUAAAAUUAAGGUUCUAUCACAUCUUCCAAGUGCUAGGACAAUUUAAUCCAGUAAGAGUACAACUCAGAAAGAUACCUGGUGUUUUCGCUUGUUUUGUGGCUGCACUCUGGAUUGUUAGUCCUCUUGCAAUGUUCUGUUGGUGAAAUCUCUGAGAAGUGGGUUUGUAUGAUCUCACUCUUACACACCAUGAAUUAUGAUCACGAGUACCUUCUAUAGAAGGUACCCAGGAUUGUAAAUAUGAUGUGGAUGAAUAUUGUAGAGCAGUUGAUGUAAAAGCCGUCAUGCUUUGAAGCUCAAUUUCAACACAAAUCAGAUAUUUAAGAGUAAAUAGUUAAUUGAAUGGAAGUACUUGGGUUGCGCCUGUUGUCAAGUGAGCUCUAUGGUUUGUUAGUGAGAAAUGUGCAUCGAGUAUUGUGGAUAUUUUGGGCACAAAAUCUGAAUUUGUGGUCGAUGUUUUAGGAAUCUUAUGCUAUUUGGAUA